GGCUACAAAUUAUGACUUGUAUAGUAGGUGAAUACAACAUUAAAUAUCUACGUGUGUUUAAAAGGAUAACGUGUAUGCCCUAAUUUGAGAAUGGAACUGAUAUCACUAGUGAAGAAAAAAAAGAGCAAGGAGGCAAUAGACCUGAUCAAAGCAGGAUCUAACUUAGACUAUGUGGAUGAGAAUGGAUGUACAUGUCUACAUUAUGCUAGUUCUGGAGGAUUGUUAGAAUUUAUCGUCGCAGCAGCACAGCAUGGAAUCGACAUUGAACAAAGAGAUAAGGAUGGUGAAACUGCGUUAUUUAAGGCUGUGAAAAAUUCAAACGUUGAAUCAAUGGUGGCACUUGUAGCCUUUAGAUCAACAAUAAAUGUUAAAAACAACAAAGGACAAAGUCCUUUGGAUAUAGCGGUUGCCAAGAAAGACGCUGCGGUUAUUGAGUUACUUUGCAGUUUUGGAUCAUCAGUUACAAUUGAUGAUUGGGCACUCGUAGGUGUUGAUGUCGAUAUUCUUAACAAAGCAGACCAGAAAAUUAUGAGAACAUUGAUAAAUCAACUAGAACGAGAAGCAGAGAAUAAUUACGGCAACAAUGCUUUUGAAGUCUGCUACGUGAAUCCUGCUGAAGAUAUUUCAAUAUGUACAGACAUCAUACUGAAUACGGACAAUAUAAGUAAUGGCUUUUUCUUAUAUUGUUCGAAAGUUAUUCCAGAAUACAAUGAUUUCGCUAUGCAUCUGGGUUUCGAAGACCAAAUUUUCAGCGAUGUUUAUGAAAUCAAAACAUGGGGUGAUACUCCAAGAUAUCUAGAUUUACAUAUUUCUGUGCUAGGAUUUGUUCAAGAAAAUCAGCUAGUGGUAGUUAUGCCCUUAGAAGGUUCUGUAGAAGGCAAUAUUACAGGCCAGGCAUUUACAGAGGGAGAUUACGAAGAAGAGUAUACGAAAUUUGAUAUAAAAAUUGACCUAACAAGAAUGAAGACGGCCAAAUUCGUUGUAUUAUCACAGCGUCGACAUGAAGAGUUUGCAGUUACACAAGACGCACUCAAAAUUGUUCCGCAAUCAGAAAGUAAUGCAGAAAUAGACAUACCUGAGGGAGCAUUUAAAUCACCGGGAAAAUUAAUGCUUAAUGUAGCUGAUACGAAUGACUGGAAUGGUGAGGAAACGGUCUUAUUCACCAAUGCCCUAGAUUUAACAAUGCAGAAUAAUGUUCAGCCAAGCAAACCUGUAAAUAUGAAACUUCCUCUGCAUUCAUUAGUUGUGUCAGCCGAUGAUUUCAUAAUAAUAGCCUCACAUACAGAUAUUCCAGAAGCAGAGAAAGAUUGGGAAAUAUGUUCAACAAAUAUAAAAAUUGAAGGGAAUAUAGUUUCUUUCUCUGCAGAACAUUUUACACACUUUGCUGUUGGAUCAAAGAAAAAUUUCAAGAAAAGUGCAGAAUCCGCAACAUUAGCUGUUAAUUAUUACAGACCAACAGAGAUAUUUGCAGGUUUUAAGAAAGAGACAGAUAAUAAAUUGACCUUGAUAGUCGAAAUCGCAUUGAAACAUUAUGGGAAGAGGAGAAGGAAAUAUUGGAGACAUAAUGGCUUUCGACUACAGACAAUAGAAUACAGAGACGGUAUAGUUCAAGAUGGUGAAAAGCUAAAAAUUUCCUUAGAAGGCAAUUUUCAGAUAGACACUAUAAGUAGUUCCAAAGAACACAUCGUAUUCAACCAUUACAAGAAAAGGAACUAUCGUACAUUUUACAUUGUAUCUGACCAGCAUGAACCACCGAUAGGUGACGUCAUAAUAUUCAGGACUAAGAAAAAAAUCGUUGAACAAUCAGUUGUAGAAACAUUAGAAAACAAACAUAGAUUAUGUAAUAGUUUACAUUUAUGUAACAACGUUGUGAAAGUGGCAACAUCUAGAAAAGUGGCCAUCGAAAAUGGUAUCGAGGAACUUGUCAGAUUACCAAUCGAUGGACAACUGUUCGAUGACAAUCAAGAUGUUGGUUUGGAUAUAGAUGAUGCACAGUAUGACAAUCAAGAUGUUGGUGUGGAUAAAGAUGAUGCACAGUGUACAAUUCCUGUUCUUAGAAAAUCAUCAUUAUUUAGACUCGGAAAACAACUCAGUGAAGAUGAAUGCUACAAACUUGGAGUACAAUUAAAUAUUUCAGAGAAAAAACUAUCGAGCAUAGAGACAAAAUUGGAAUUUAAAACUGCGAUGUUUGAAAUAUGGCGACCUUCAAGGCCUAAUGAAACCUUAGUUUUUAAUUUAGUUAAAGCACUAAACAAGAUUGAAAAAGGCAAUGAAGCCGAUGCCGUACAGGAAGCUUUUGCAAACAAUGUAGAAUUCAAACUGUACUACUAGAUCAUUUAAUGACUUAAACAUUGAAAAUAUAUAAGGCUUUUAUCCUAUGUGGGUUGUAUUCCUAGUAGCUUCAUGCAGAUGAAAUAAAUGUUAUCCGGCUAUAACCUUUCUACUAUACAAACCUAGGUGUAUAGAUAUCACUCAACGUUACGUCACAGAUGUUUUUGCAGUCCGAGUUUGAGUCAUGUUGAUUUCAUUCAAUAACAAAUACAAUGGGUCUGAAGUAAAAACAAUGUUCAUUUAAGCGUAAAUAUCAAUUUGCAGGGUAAAACAGUAUUUGUACAUUGUAUGAAAAUCUUUAAUAUAUCUGUACCCGCUACGAAACAAAAGAAAAAAUCUCUGCGUUUUUUAACCUUCGACAAAUGGAUUUUGAAUUUUACAAUUUACGAACAAAUUCCUGAUUAAAAUGUUUUUU